CAUGACUAACAGGAAACAUUUGUGUGGAAUCUGGAGUCCAUUAACAGAAGGGAGUGCAUUCAUUUGACGGUGAAACAUGCCGGAGCUCUGCAUAUGUGCCCUCAGCCUGUUAUUAUGGAUCCCAGCUAUCCUGUGCGGGGUAACCACUGAGGGAGAGUAUUCAGUCCUGGAGGGUCAAAGUGUUGUGAUCGCGUGUCACUAUGAGCCUCAGUAUGAACACUAUGUCAAAUACUGGUGUCGGGGUACAACAAGGGAGUUCUGUACCAGCUUGGCUCGGACAGAUGAUAUCGGUUCAUCCAAUCCAGACAAGGAUAGAGUGAGAAUUUCUGACGACCUGGACCAGCUGGUGUUUACCGUGACCAUGCAGGAUGUGAAGAAGGGGGACACAGGGUGGUACAUAUGUGGCGUGGAGAUAGGAAGCAUAUGGAGUGCUGAUGUUGUCACUUUCUCUAACAUCAGGGUCCUUGAUGGGAUGUCAGUGGUGAACAGCCAGGUGACAGGGGAAGAAGGGAGAAGUGUCACAGUUGAAUGCCUCUACAGUGAGAGCUACAGAGAAAGUAGAAAGAAGUGGUGUCGGAGCGGAGACUGGAGCUCCUGUCGGCUGAUAGAUGCUGGAGAGAGCUACGAAGACGCUUCAGUGGCCAUCAGUGAUGACAGAACUAGGACUUACACUGUAACCCUGAAGAAGCUGCAGCUGAAAGAUACCGGCUGGUAUACGUGUGCUGCAGGAAAACACAAGAUGUCCAUACAAGUGCUGGUCACACCUCGGCCCAGAGACGUGGUGACCGUGACAUCCACACCUGCACCUGCACCAAGUCAGUGUAAUGUCUACGUGCCUCCCAAACUCUCCAUCAAGGAGUCCAGUCAAAGUCACCACUUGGUUUCCUGGCUGGUGUGCUCUGCUGUGGUUCUCCUCCUUGGAAUAGCCAUAUUUGGGAGGAAGAUGUGGAAAGUGCGCAAGCAGGAACCUGUGAUGGGAUACCGCAGGGUCAUCAAAGCAGGGGUAAAUAAAUACCCAGUACCGGACGUAGGUGACCAGCAAGACACAACAGUCGUUUUCCUAACCAGGGAUAAUAAGAGGGACGACGCAUUUCUGUACUGAGUUCCCUCAGUGCAGCGUUUAUUGAUACUCUGUUUGACUGCAUGUUAUUUUGUGUCAGUUUGCAUGUGACACAUACUCUAUAUCCAGUCUCUUUUGUAUAUUACAUACCAUCAUAUUUAAAAACAUUUAUAAUGUUCCCUUCUUGCUGCUUUCAUUAUGCAACUGUCACUGGCUGGAGAUCCUAACAGAGUGCACUGUAUCUGCCAAAAUAUAACCAUGUAGUUAGUCUUCUACAUGUUUGGGUGAACCUCAUAAAUAUCACUAAGGGCUCUGGAGUCCUGUGUACUGGAUGAAAUAAUCUGGGGAUUUUAGCAAACGGGUGGAGUUUAUACUCAAAAGGCAAGGUGAAUGUUUCAUUUGAACAAGUUUUAUUUUGAAAUAAAUACAUAAUUGAAUCA